AUGUCAGGGGCUGCGCCAUUGGGUAAAGAUAUUGAAAAGAAACUGGAAUCGCGUCUGAGGACAUGCAAAGUUGUACAAGGAUACGGUGCGACAGAAGCCAGCCCGUCCUGUUCCUUGCCUCCGCCAGACGUGCGAACGUUUCGGUCCGGUUCUGUCGGCGUUUUGGUUGCAAGCACAGAGUGUAAGGUUUUAGAUCCGCAAUCCGGAAGGGAACUCGGCCCAAACGAAGAUGGUGAACUUUGCUUCCGCGGAUGUCAAAUCUUCAGAGGCUACCUGAACAAUCCCGAAGCCACGGAUGCCGCCAUUGAUGAGGAGGGGUGGUUUCACAGCGGUGACAUUGGCCACUAUGACGAAGACCAGAACAUUUACGUUAUCGACAGAAUCAAAGAAUUCAUCAAAUACAAAGGGUUCCAGGUGGCACCAGCAGAGCUAGAGGACUUGUUGUUAACGCACCAUGCCGUCGCGGACGCUGCAGUAGUUGGACGUCCUGACGAAGACGCCGGAGAGCUGCCCAUGGCGUUCAUAGUCCUCAAACCGGGACAGACAGCCACUGAAACGGAGAUUGCUAAUUUUUUAGCAGCCAAAGUUGCCCCGAUUAAGCGCCUUCGAGGCGGAGUUGAGGUUGUCCAGGAAAUUCCAAAGACUGCAAGCGGGAAAAUCCUGCGUAGAGUUCUACGCGAAGAAUUGCGAAAGAGGGCACUGCAGCUGAAAAAACCUUAGCUAUGAUAUUGUAAACUUUGUUUUUUUAAUUGUCACAAUCUUUAGAGGUGACUCAUAAAACGAUUAUUAAUAAAGCAUGGACAUAUGACCAUGGACUGCUCUCGGCACCGCCACUUUCUCCUUUUCUGUAACGAGUGACUUAAAAACAAGAAAUCUAGG